AUGAGCUCCAUGCAGUCAGACUCCUCCGCAAAUGUGACCUUUGUUCGUCCUGCAACAUUUUUCAUCAGUGGCUUUUUUAAUAUCCCACAUGCAAAAUACUACUAUGUGUUCUUGUCUUUAGUGUAUGUUGUGACUGUUUUAGGGAAUUCAUUUAUCAUGUGUAUCAUUUAUUUGGCCCGCAGACUUCACACAGCCAAAUACAUUGCUGUUUUCCAUCUGGCGCUUUCUGAUCUGUGUGGAAGCUCGGCUUUGAUUCCAAAACUCAUAGACAUAUUUUUAUUCGAGCACCAGGACAUUUCAUAUGAAGCAUGUUUGGCAAAUAUGUUUUUUGUAUUUCAUUUCAUGAAUCUGCAGUCUUUGACACUACUUGUUUUGGCUUAUGACAGACUGGUUGCUAUUUGUUUUCCUCUACGCUAUCAUGCCAUUGUAACCAAACCAGCCAUGUUUCUGAUCAUAGGGGUGAUGUGGAUUUUUUCUGUCACUUUUAUUGCUUCAAUGGUGAGUUUGAUCACAAGACUCUCUAUUUGUAGAUCUAAUGUAGUCAAUAGUUAUUUUUGUGAUCAUGGCCCUAUUUAUAGACUAGCUUGUAAUGAUAAUACCAGUAAUAAUAUCAUGGCAAAUAUUUGCUUUGGUCUCCUUGUAUGUAUGCCACUGAUAUUGAUAAUUGUUUCAUAUUUCUGCAUCGCUUUAGUUUUGCUUAAGAUUGCUCAGGGUGCUGACCGGAUCAAAGCCAUGAAAACCUGCACCUUAAAUUUCAUGUUGGUGGCAAUUUUUUAUGUGCCACUUUUAGGUAUUAAUAUUGCAGCUUUAGCAACAUUUAUCCAUCCAAACGCGAGGAUAAUUAACAAUUCUCUGACACAAACAAUACCUCCUAUGCUGAAUCCCAUCAUAUACACUCUAAAGACAGAGGAGGUCAUGCAGUCCAUAAAAGAACUGUACAAACGCAACAAGGUGAACACUAUAGGCUACUACAGAGCAAAAGGUUAA